AUGUCUUCUCGAAGAUCAUCUCUGACCCUCUCCAAUCGGAGCAGUAGUAGAAGAAAUGUUCAAAAACCUCUCGGAAAAACAGCAAAACAUGUGAUUGAAAUGACGAGUGGAAAUGAAAGUGAUGAUGGAGGACGAAAUAUGAUACGAUCCAUGUUUGCACUCCUUAAACAUAGAAAACAAUGGCUAGAUCGGAAAUUUAGAACAGAACCACUGAAUCAAUUAUUGAAUUUGAUUGCUAACAUGAAAGAAGAAGAUAUGAAAUUGGAUGGACCAAACGAAUCCUAUUUUGCUUUCCUUUUUGAACAAGUGUGUUUGAAACAUUUGGAUGAAUUAGAAUUUUCUGUUGGAUCAAACGAAACGUCAAGCAUGUUUAGGAAAGAUUUGGAUAAAAAUUUAUUGAAAUUCAAAACUAUUACAGUUUAUGUUCCCAAGACAGUGAAAGGAAUUUUAAAAUGGCUUGGAAUUGGAAUUAUUUUGUCAUUAAUCUAUUCUCUUAUUAUGUAUUGGAAAAUUAAUUUGAGAAGAACACAUUAUCAAUCCUAUAGAUUGGUAAAUGGGAAUAGCAUACCUUCACUUGGAAACAUGCAAGUUUCAACAAAACAAUUUGUGUCUCCAAUGAGAGGCAUUGUAAAUCUUGGGCUGUAA